AGCAAACAGGCGUAGUAACUCUAAAAGGAAAGCUUGACCAUGAAACUAAACCAUUAAUAAACCUGACUGUUAUGGCSAGGGAUCGUGGGACUCCUAAACUAGAGGGUUCUGCUUUUGUUAUUAUAAAAGUAACUGACGUGGAUGACAAUGCGCCACAGUUCACGAAGGACGAAUACACUGCUCAAGUUUAUGAAAAUAUCACCAAAGGUUCAUUCGUGGCUCAAGUAAAUGCGACAGAUAUUGACGCCGAUGAAGCCCACAAAACUAUUUAUUACAGAAUAGAGGAUGGCAACACAGGAGACGUGUUUGCAAUUGGGAAAUUGAAUGGCUCUGUUUAUCUCAAAUGUGGUUCGUCUGGUUGCCUUGAUCGAGAGACUACGAAUGGAUACGUGUUGACUCUUGCUGCUAUUAGUAUUGUGAACGGCUCUGAACAAAAAUCAACAGUCGAGCUUAAAAUCACUGUGCUUGAUGUCAAUGACGUAACGCCAACCUUCGUGUCUYCAUCCUACACGAAGAAAGKGCAAGAAGAUACUGGUGACAUCACUGGGAAAGACAACACUAUAYUAACCAUAAGUGCUAGAGAUACGGACCUUGGAGUGAACUCUGAGAUUGUUUAUUCCAUGAUAAAAGGAAACGAACAAGAAUAUCACAGCUGGCACAUUCAUUACUAUUGUAAACGCUAAAGACAAGGACGAAGGAAGCAACGCGUACAUUGAGUACUUCAUCAUUAGUGGUAACGAAGAGGGCGAAUUUGCACUGAAUAAAACGAGUGGCGAGUUGAAAACAGCGAAAGAACUUGACCAUGAAACUACUGCUUCAUAUAAGCUCGUAAUACAAGCAAAGAAUGUGAAGAGUAACUUAAAGUUAACCAAGGAAAAAGAUAUCACCGUGUUAGUGACAGACCUUAAUGACAACCAGCCGCUAUUCUCAAAGCCUAGUGCCACUUUAUCUGUGGGUGAGAAUCUUCCCGUUGGUACCAGUGUCGGUAAAAUUGAGGCCRGUGACUCAGAUAAAUCUGACCGUGUUUACUACUAUAUUAUUGGGAGUAGCGGUAGGGAUGUCUUUGAUGUUAACGAAACAAAUGGAAUCGUAACAACUAAGAAAACCAUAGAUCGCGAGGAGACACCAUUCUUCAGCAUGCUCGUUAAGGCAUCAAACUACAAGCUUGAUUCCUCAUCUUUACUGAGUGCAAGGAAGAGAAGAAGCGUCAGUGAAACAAACGCAACUUAUUCUCCCUUACCAAAUGAUCCAACAAUCCARCGCGUUGUGGUGGAAAUUGCUGAUGAAAACGAUAACGGGCCAAUAUUCACCAAAAAGGUUUACUCAGGAGGARUUCCUGAAGACAUUCCUCACGGAGACAACAUCAUUCGUGUAAUUGCUAACGAUGCAGAUGUUGGCAACGGUGGUCGCAUUAGCUAUGACUUCUCGACAACAACUGAAGACUCAAAGAAGUUYACCAUCGAUAAUGAGACUGGAUGGAUUAAGGCUGCAGAUUCGUUUGCUGGUCAACGCGGCAAAGAAUACGUACUUAACGUUACAUCUAAGGAUAACUUGGGGAUAGAUCCAUAUCGUUACGACACCGCUACUGUUAAGAUCUACGUACUCGUCGACUAUGAACGCGCUGUUCUCAUUUCUGGUAGAAGUCCUGAUGAUGUCAGAAACAAUAAAGAUGAAUUUAUAAGGGUGCUUCAAAACAUUACUGGAUUAAUCAUCAACAUUGAUGAUAUUAACUUCUAUAAAGAAGAUGGAAAAUACGACUACAGCAGGACUGCUGUAUAUUUCCAUGCAGUGGACCCAAAUACUAAGAAGAUUGUCGACAGGGAUGAAGUUAUAAGGAGAAUAGAUGAGAACUAUCAGAAGCUGUCAAGUAAUAAGGCAUUUUUCAAUGAAUGGAAAAUCAAAGAGAUAAAGCCUUACGUACCCGAAACAAAAGGAACAUCAUUCCCCGUACAAUUGGCAGUUGCCAUUGGUCUAGCACUCCUAUUGUUAAUCAUCAUCAUUAUCUUUAUUUGUAUCGUUUGCCUUCUACGUAAAAGACAAAAACGAAAACUACGGGCUGCAACGGCUGCAAGUUAUGGAGGUAGCACACAGCCAUCUCCUGGCAGCUCGCUUUCUGCUUUGCCAAAUACCAAUUUGUACGAUACUACAGGAUCAAAUCCAAUGUGGGUGGAUCCUUGUCAUAACUGGGGAGCGACAGAUGAUGACGAGAAAAGUGAUUUCCAAACAUUCACAGGGAAUGGUACUUUAGCGCGUAAUGGCUUGCAAUACGGUGAUAUAAUGAUCCGACCUUCAAGUACAAACCCAUUGUUUGAUAAG